ACAGUUAAAGCAAAAGCACCAGCUCAAACAGCUUCUUUGGAAAAAACCCUGAGAACUCAUCAUCUCUUCCAAAGGUCUGCGGAUACCUAAGCCCUGGAGCCUCCUGAUACUGACAUGGCUCACUUGCAGGGCAGGAGUCUGAGGAUUGUUCUGGUAGGGAAAACAGGAAAUGGGAAGAGCGCAACAGCAAACACCAUCCUUGGGAGAAAAGAAUUUGAAUCUAGAAUUGCUGCUCACGCUGUUACCAAAAAGUGUCAAAGAGCAUCCCAGGAAUGGAAGGGGAAGAAUCUUCUUGUUGUUGACACCCCGGGUCUCUUUGACACCAAGGAGACCCUGGAAACCACCUGCAAGGAAAUCAGCCGUUGUGUCCUCUACUCCUGCCCCGGGCCCCACGCCAUCCUCCUGGUUCUGCAGCUGGGCCGCUAUACAGAUGAAGAGCAGAAGACCGUGGCAUUGAUCAAGGCUCUCUUUGGGAAGCCAGCCUUGAAGCACAUGAUCAUUUUGUUCACUCGCAAAGAUAACUUGGAGGGUCAGAGCCUAAGUGACUAUAUAGCAGACGCAGAUGUGACCCUCAGGAACAUCAUCCAGGAAUGUGGGAACCGCUGCUGUGCCUUCAACAACAGAGCCACGGAAGCCGAGAAGGAAGCUCAAGUGCAGGAGCUGUUGGGGCUGAUAGAUGAGAUGGUGUGGAGCAAAGUCGGGGCUUACUUUUCUGAUGACAUUUACAAGGAUACAGAGGAAAAGCUGAAUCAAAAGGCAGAAGUCCUGAAGAAAAUCUACACUGAUCAAUUAAAUAAUGAAAUUAAACUAGUAGAAAGAGAAUAUGCUCAUAAAUCACAGCAAGAACGAGAGGCAAAAAUAAAAGCGCUGAAGAUGAAGUAUGAUGAAAAAAUAAAAAAUCUAAGGGAAGAAGCUGAGAAGGGUAUAUUUGCAGAGGUUUUAAAUGGGAUUAUGAAGGUGCUUUCAAAAAUAUGGCAUAUGUUUUGGUAGUCAUGCCAAUUUCACUUUUGCUCCUGAAUUUACUAUGAUUUGUAAUAGUGGUAGACUGUAUUUUCCAAAGAUGGCUUUGACAAUAUAUUCUAUCCUACUUAUUCUUCUUACAAUCUGACUUCAUUACUUCUCCCACUAAGUUGCGGGGUCUAUGUCGCCUACCUUGGAAUUGGAUGGACUUUGUGACUGUUUUGAUAAAUAGCAGAUGGUUGAAGCAACCCCUUGGGACUCUAAGGCUAGGCACGGAAAAUGCCCCCUGCCCCACUGGGGUGCUUGCCCUCGGAAAUGGGCCAUCAUGGUGUGAGAAAGGCCAUGUUGCCCAUUGAGAGGCUCCCAGCUUGAUGUCGCUGGCCAGCUCCCCUUUUAUCUUCUUCUAUCUUUUAUCUUCCAGCUGGACCAACUUGCUAGCCAUACAA